AUGGAAAAUAAUAAUGAGACAGAACAACGAGCUGAUGCUACGAGUUCUGAUAACAAACAAACUGAGAUUUCAAAUUCUUUUCCAGUAUUCAAAGCUCCAUUACCAGUAAAUUUAAAAGAACGACAACUAAAGCAGCAGCAGCAACAACAGCAGCAUCUACCAAUUCCUCCACCGGUUCCGUAUGAAAAACCAGAAUGGAGUGAUUUACCAAAAAUCAACUGUUCUUUUGAAAUAAUUAAGAAUGGUAUUAGUUUAGAAUUUAUAGACUUUCCGUCAAAAGAAUUUCUUGUACUCGGGCGCUUGCCAAUUUGUGAUAUUGCAAUGGAGCAUCCGUCUAUUUCUAGAUAUCAUGCUAUUAUUCAGUUUAAUAGUAAAGGCGAGAUUUUCUUAUAUGAUUUGGAUAGUGCACAUGGAACUAUAAUAAACAAACAGAGAGUACCAUCUCGACAUUUUACAAAACUUCGUGUUGGUGAUCAGUUGAAGUUUGGAGAAAGCACUCGGACAUAUGUUUUAUUAGGACCCGAAGAACCACAACCGGAACCUAUACAAAUUUCUAAGCCUAUAUUAAAAUCUGUAGGAGAAAAUAGCAGUGUUACUUGGGGUUUUGCAGAGGAUGCAGAAGACGAAAAUGAGAUGAAUGUAGCAGCCACUAAAGAAUUAUGGAAACGCGACGAAAAUGCCUAUUAUUACAAAGAUCCAAAAAAGGCUUUAAGAAAUUGGCUUGAGAAUCGUGGUUAUGAUAUGGAAUUCGAAAUUGAGCAAGAAGGACCAGGACACUCACGUACCUUUACUGCCAGAAUCCGGUUACCAGAUGUUGAAGAUGCAUAUGGCCCUGUUUAUGGUUUGGGAAGUGGUUCAAAGAGAAAGGAUGCUGAAAGACAAGCAGCCAUAGAUUCUUGUGAGAAACUUGAUAUGCUUGGCCUUUUGCGAGCAAGCCAUGAUGAAGCUUCUGCCAGGAAGAAAAGAAUGCGCGAAUUGUUAGGCGAUGAUGACAAUGAUGAUGAUUAUGAUAGUUUUUAUGAUCGAACAGGACAAGCUGAACGUGCAAAGUUACGUAAAAUACAACCACAAAAAAUAGAAACAUAUGAAUCAUUGACAAGGCAACGAGAGGAACUUACAAUUAAAAUCAAAGAAAUUCAAAGCAAAAUAUCUAAUGCUAAAGAAUUUGAAAAGUCAUCCCCCAUAAUUACAGCUGAAGAUGAUUUAGAUUCUUACAUGAAUACAAUAAAUAAAGAUUUAAAUAACGAAUCAGUAACAAACUUGGAAGCUACACUACGGGACUUAUUAAAACAAGAUUUAAGGCUCGCUAAACUCAUCGAAAUUACGAAACCUCUUGAUAUCAUGCAAAGUAUUUCGAUGACGCCAUCCCCUUCAAAAUCAAAUAUUGCAAACAGUAAUGCGACUAUUGUUGAGCCAAAAAUUAAAGUGAAUGUGGAAAAAACACAACAGGACACACCAAUUUCAUCAUCAAAUGAAUUUAAAAUUCCGGUGUCAAUUAAUGUUGAACAUAUUGAUGAUGAUGAUCAAUCUCUAAUUGUACUACCAUCGAAGAAGUCCUUAAACAAUGAAAUCUCACAAAAAAGAGAAAAUUUUCCAGAUAAGGAAGAAAUUAAUGAUGAAAAGGAAAAGAGGAUUAAAACUAUGAUACCGAUGACACCUCAAGAAUAUGAAAGAAAACAAAGAAAAGCCGAAGAAUUAAAUGAACUUGAAAUUGAAGAGGCCAUGGCUUGGGAACCACCUAAGGAUCAAACAGGUGAUGGCAGGACAGCUUUGAAUGAUAAGUAUGGAUACUAA